AUGGCGGGCAUGUUCAAGAACGUGUUUGGCUCCCAGGAGACCAAGCCCGAUGAUGACUUCGCCGACUUCGUGGAAGCUCCCAACCCGUCGCCUGCCUCCCUCCUCACCGACUCAACCGUCGUCCCGGCGGCCAACACACUGGCCGCUAAGGUGGUCCCUUACACGGCUUGGUACCGGGUAUGGGAGAGGACAUCCCCGAGCGAUUUCAAGCAGGAGGCCAUGAUCAUGCCCGUCAUCCUCUUGAUUGUCCUCUUCCACCUCUGGGGAACGCGCAAAAACCGACGCAAGGCGAGGGACUGGGCGCAGGCCCACGGACCUUCUCUUCAGAAGGAGUUUUCCGUCGUUGGAUUUGAUGGAAUCGCCCGACCGGCUCCCGUGGACGGUGAGGCGAUCACCGUGGAGCUCGCCAACCCCGAGUCGCUGCUGAAGGAGAGGUCUGCCUCCGAGUUCGCCGCGUAUGCGACUGGCCGCCAGAACGUUGCCUUCCUCGAUGUCAACAUCAAGAUGCCCAAGCGAUACAACCCCAUCACCUUCAUUAUGGAGUAUGCCUUCAGCUUCUUCUUUGAGAGCUGGGAGCCCCCCGUUGAGAAAUACGAGGCUCUGCUGUAUGCUUUCGAUGGCAAGGAGAAGGAUCUCGUUCCCGUUCUCGCUAAGGAUUCUGCUCCCGUUAAGGUGCCUAGCUCGACUUACGACGGCUUCAUUUGGGCCGUUGUUCACAAGAGCCACAUGCGCAAGUUCCGCAACGACCGCUACGAUGCCUCCAUCACUUUCUCCAAGGACAACCCCAAGCUCCCUUCGUGGGUCACCGUGAUGACUGAGAGUGCCGAGAUUAGCGAUACGCUCCUCACCCCGGAGUUGAUCCAGGCCAUUGAGCAGGCUGGUAAUGACUUUGAGUACUUGAUCGUCACGGACCAGCCUGUCGACAGACCCACCAAGAUUGAGGAGACCAUCCCCAAGAAGCGCAUCCAGCUCUCCGCUAACCUCGCCUCCUCCUCCCCGUCCGGCUACGCCUCCACCGUCCCUCUGUUCAACCAGUUCCUGCGCUUGUCCGACAAGCUGGUCGCCUCUGCUCACUUCCGUGGCGAAGUCAUGCGCAAGGUCCGUAACGUCCGCGAAGAGGAGAUCAAGAAGCUGCGCCGUAUCGACGAAGAAGAGAAAGCCGAGGAGCGCCGCAUUGCCGCCGAGAAGAUGAAGAAGGAUGAGCGUGAGCGCAUCCUGCGUGGAUUGAGUGCCGACGAGCAGCGCAAGUUCCUUGACCGUGAGGCUCAGAAGGGACAAAGACGCCAGGCGAAGAAGAGUACCCGGAAGGGUUAA